ACAAGAGACAGAAAAAGGUUCGUUGCACCUCCGGGCAGCUUUUGAAGAGCAGCGAGGAAUGACUGUUGGGUAUUUUAUUCAAUAAUAAUUUUGUGAGACUGUACGAAUCACGAUUCAAGAUAUUUUAUAGUAUUUCCGUAUAGUGCCUUAAAGUUUGCGUCCGUGAUCAGUUAGAAUAAUGUCGCAUCUAAAUAAAGAAAAUCGAAAACAGUUCAUACAAUCCCAAGUCAACGGAAAAUCACAGACUGGCUCCGGUGCAGCACCGAUAGGAGGAUCAGCCGGCAGUGCACCCGGUCGGGCAUUGAAACCGAUGACAGGUGGAGCGGUAGUUGAGUCAAAGCCUCAAAGUAUAUUCAAACUACCUACUCUCCCAGCGGCACCCGGUAGAAAGGAAGAGCCUAAAACUUUCUCACGACCACAUAUUAUUGUUACCCAGGCGAAAGAAGGACCACACUUCAAGGUUCCACAACUUCCUUCAGGUAAGCCGAAAGCUGAUACACAGAAAGCGGCUGCCUCUCAACACGGUUCCUCGGCAACAAACGUACAGUCAUAUCAGCAGCAACAACCACAAUCCGAAACAGGAUCCACUACAAACACCGGCAGCAAUGCACCUCCCAAGGAGAAAAAGAGUUGGACUCUGAGCAAUUUCGAUAUAGGUCGACCGCUUGGUCGGGGAAAAUUUGGCAAUGUCUAUCUGGCCAGAGAGAAGGAAACCAAAUAUGUGAUCGCACUCAAGGUGCUCUUUAAGAAACAGGUUCACGCGCAAGGUAUUGAACAUCAGGUGCGUCGUGAAAUUGAGAUCCAGUCACACCUACGACACCCGAAUAUUCUUCGGAUGUACGGUUACUUUCAUGAUGAAACUAGAAUCUAUCUAAUCCUGGAGUUCGCCCCCGGUGGUACACUGUUCAGCAAGUUGCAGACUCAGCCAGGAAAUAAAUUUCCCGAACAGCAGUGUGCAAUCUACGUUAAUAUGCUCGUUUCGGCCCUGAUUUAUCUUCACGAACGAAAUGUAAUCCAUCGGGACAUUAAACCGGAGAAUCUACUGUUAGGACACGAAGGAGAACUAAAGAUAGCAGACUUUGGAUGGUCCGUACACGAACCAACUUCCACCCGAACUACUCUAUGCGGAACGUUGGACUACCUUUCCCCGGAGAUGGUUCAAGGUCAUCCACACUCCAAGAACGUUGACCUAUGGAGUCUUGGAGUGUUGGCGUACGAGCUGCUUGUCGGUCGAGCACCUUUCCAUGCCACCGGUUAUGACGAGACGUACAACAAAAUAAUGAAAGUGCGCUACGAAGUUCCCCCGGAGAUGUCCCGUCCUGCUGCCCAUUUGAUUUCCCGGCUCCUGGUAAGACAACCGGAACACCGUAUGCCGUUGGAACACGUGGCAGGACACCCCUGGAUCAAAUUACACGUUGGAACCGUUGGACCGCCACAGUAGAGAGGAGUUAUGGACGUUAUUUUUUUUAAUUUUGAUUGCCAUUCGUAAGUCGACGUGUUCCAUCCCGUUUGCUUUUAUCUGCUACUUAUGUUCAAUUUUACGGAGAGAAAUGACUUUCUAGUGCUUUAAUGUAAUUUUGAGCGGUAAUUUAUCAUUAUAAUAAAAUUGCAAAAGAAUAACCUAUUGAGAGACAA